UCUCUGUCUGAACAGCGAUAUUUCAGAAUGAGGAGAGCUGCAGUUUUUCUGGCGUUGCUGCUCUGUCUGCUCUGGACGGGGGCUCAGGGUGAGGAUGGUGGGGGGACAGGGAAGAAAGAGGGGGAGUUUGAUAUCCAAGGAGUGAAAGCAUCCCACGAUCAGAGCAGCAGUGAGACCCAGAUGAGAACUGACGUCUCGGCUGAGCUGAAGGAGCUCAGAGACAUUGCCAUCGAACACAGGAUCAAGAUCCAGAGGAUGGAGCAAGACAACACAGCUCUAGAGGCCAAGAUGAGCUUCAGUGAAAAGGAGGUGGAGGAGCUGAAGAUAGACACUGCAGUUUCAGAGGCCAAGAGGAGUUCCAGUGAAAAGGAGGUGCUGGAGCUCAAGAGAGAGAAUGCGGCUUUGGAGGCAAGAAUGAACUCUAGUGAAAAUGAUGUGGAGGAGGUAAAGAGAGUGAACGCAGAUCUCCUGGCUCGAGUCACAGCAAGUGACACUAAGAGCACAGCUUUAGAGAACAGGAUGAGCUCCAGUGAAAAGAAGGUGGAGGAGCUCCAGACAGAGAAUGCAGAUCUUCUGGCUCGAGUCACAGCAAGUGAGAAUAAGAGCACAGCUCUAGAGGCCAAGAUGAGCUCCAGUGAAAAGCAGGUGCAGGAGCUCCAGAGAGAGAACGCAGAUCUUCUGGCUCGAGUCACAGCGAGUGAGAAUAAGAGCACAGCUUUUGAGGCCAGGAUGAGCUCCAGUGAAAAGGAGGUGUUGGAGAUCCAGACAGGGAACGCAGACCGUCCUCAGGUGGCGUUCUCAGCCGGUCUCACUGAUGCAGGACUAGUCGGAGCCUUCAACAUUGCAAUCACACUGAAGUACAGUAAAGUCUUCACCAAUAUCGGCCAGGCCUACAACCCAACCACAGGUAUCUUCACAGCCCCCGUCAAAGGAGCCUACUACUUCAGAUUCAACCUAUGGGGAAACAAAGGUGCAGCUUACACCGCUGUUGAACUUUAUCACAACACCCAGAUGAAGAUGAAGCUUUAUGAUUACAAUGAUGGCUCUGGCUUUGUCUCUGCGUCUAACGUAAUACUUCUUGAACUGGAGAAGGGAGAUGUUGUCUACAUCGUUCUGCCCUCCACCUUCCCCAUUUUUGAUGAUUUGUUUAAUCGCAUCACUUUCAGUGGAUUUCUUCUCUAUGCUCAGUGACGCCCACUGUAAAACACCCACUGCAUUACGUUUCGACACUACAUAUUAAUAAAUAAGUGUGUUGACUCAAUUAA